AUGGCUUAUGCAAUAGCAAUUUAUUUUGAGCCCGCUCCAGCACAAUUGUGGUCAGUGCUUCUUCCAGUUGUUAUGACUCUCAUUGCAAACCAGAAAAAAGAUACUGUCUUUAUGAAGAUCCUUAUAAAGUUAUGCUACCCAAAUUGGGCUUUGGAGGCCUUUAUCAUCGCAAAUGCUGAAAGGUAUACUGGAGUUUGGUUGAUAACUCGGUGUAGUUCACUAAUGAACAAUGGCUAUAAUGUUGAUGAUUGGCCUAUUUGUUUGGUUGCCUUGUUUUUUUACGGUAUAAUUGCUCGAAUUGUGGCCUUCUUUUGUUUAGUGAUCACUCAGAAGAAGUGA